UCGUCGUCCUCGUCCUCGUUCUCCUCCUCGGCAGAGCCGCUCUCACUUGCGGUGAGUGGCACUAAUUCCAGGUUUGAAGCGGUUGGAAGUCGGGAGACACUGGCCCAUACUACACGCGAAGUGCCGUAAACUACAUCUUUCGUAUACGCCGAGCACAGCGUCCAGGGAAAGGUUGCAGUUUCUACAACGUGGGCCGGGUUUUCAGAAUGACUUUGAAUAGCUUCCAGUUUUACAAAUUCAACUUUGGAUAUAAACUCAGCAUUAAGGCACUAGCUCUCUCUUUUGUGUGAACGCAUAGUAGGUGUUGUUGAGAAGCCGCUCAGGGCCCGAGCCAAAUCAUCUUCGGACACUAAUUCCGGUGGGAAUGAAAUAUCCCUCACAGAAGUUUUAUGUUGAACAAGAAAAAAAGGCAUGCAUUGGUCCAGCUAGGACGGUGAUGAUGCCUUGAGCUUCGCAAAGUUGUCCCUUGCAAUGGGCCCCGGGGUCCCCUGCGCUUGAAUGGGUCAGAGCUCGUGAUCCCGAGGAAGGACAGGCGGAAACGCUUGCUCUGGUUUCUGUCGUGUGUGCAAAUUCUUUCCACUUGGUCGAGUAUCGGGAAACUGAAGGCUGGGGAGCGGAUUGAGAUGGAGUGAGCGCGCAGUUAGCGGAGCGAUCGCUUGUAGACCAGUUUAUACCGGAGAGUUUGCUUCGUGCGCGACCGUUUUAUUGUUGCUCUCGCGCUUAUUUUGUUGUGUUGUUCUUUUAUUCUUUCUUUGAGGCGAGGUGAGGUUAGGAUUGAGGUGAGCCCGGAGAUGCGCUUCACAGGUGGUAAGAUGCCGCGUCUUGGAUGCUCUGGAUGAGCCUUGGGAGAAUAAGAUUCGGAGGGAAUAGAUUUGGCGUGUGAGGAAUUUUGCUUGGUGUGAGACCGGGAAGAAGGAAGAGGAAUCUAGCGAAUAGUUUUGUAGAUUCAAGAUUUCGUUGAGCUGAAUUCGGAGGGAUGGAGCAUGACAAUUUACACGAGAUACCGCGGAAGGAGCUCAAGCAGCUGUGUAUCGAACAUAACAUUCGCACGGCGGGUGUUAAGCAUGACGAUAUUGUCCGGUUGCUGCGUAAUAAAUUGUAUCCUCCAGCAGCUGAUCCGCCCAGAUCGACAAAGGCACGCGGUCAGACGAGUAACGACUCUCAAAUCUCGUCAAAGGACAAAAAUGAAUCUGCGAAGAAGACUAAGUCCACCCUUCAAGGACCGAACAAACGCUCUCUUGCAGUCGGGGAUAACAUCUUGCUCGAUGGUGAACCUGAAAGGAAUAGGAAAGACCUUUCUCCAAGUCCUGUAUUGCCCCGGAAGCCGAUAAUGACAAAGUCCAAUUCGAUACCAGCAAGGAGGUCGGAUAUAUUACUCAAGAAGCUGAAUACAGGUUUAUCUGGACCAGACAAGCAAUUACAAGAAAGUCGCCCCCAGGGAACUGAUGGAUCUUCUGCCAAGGGCCUUGAUUAUUUCGGUGCUCGAAAGCGAAGCAUGAAAAGCACACGCCCGGCAGUUAGACGUCUUGGUGAUCGUCCAGGUGUGAAGACCAGUGAAAUACCAAAAGCUCACAUGAAUGGCGAUGUCUUUUCUGAAGCAGCAAGCAGCCCUCGAGCGUCUGAGGGUGACGCAAGUGUCACUGCUGCAGAUUCGAGCGACCUAGGCUCACUUAGUUUCUGCAGUGUCUCAGAAUUUGCCACUGAUGCUGGACAUCAUAUCAUGUCAGAAGAUUCUGACGUUGACGACGGUCGUAGCGUCUCGAGUGAGCCUGCUUCAAGGUUUGCUUCACAGAUUAAUAAGCUUACUCCGCGCACUAGUACAGGGAGUAAGCUGGGUCGCGGUGCUCAUUCAUUGUGGGACAGUGAAAAUGGACAUGGACGUAGGCAUGGAAGGAACCUCUCCUUGGAUUCUUCAUUGAGUAACAAUGCUUCAAAACUAUCCGCAGCGCAGGAUAUAGAGGACAUCUUUUCAUAUCUUUUAGAAGGCACUGACUCUUUGGUAGACGACACAGACAUUCUGGAUUCAUUCCUGGCUGAGACAAUCGCGGACCCUGAAAUGUUUGGGGCAGAUGGAAAUCAAGUUGAUUUUCACCAGCUUCUUAUCCCUGAUACCUUCGCCGAACACUAUCACGACAAUAUCGUCGUUGAUAAUGAAAGACGUAUGGGAGAGGAAGCUGCUGGCACGUCUGACAGCGACGUAGCUGCACUAACAACAGAUGACCUUGAAUCCAAGUUAGAGGAUAGUUUGUUGGCGGAUCACGAAACCGCACGACCUGUUACUGAAAAGCCAGGGAUUGUUCAUGCCGAUGUGGCUGCACUUCCCUCAGAACCAGAGGCGAAGUCUGUCAUGUUCAGCACCAGCAAUGAUAACCUUACGACUGAGAUAUCACAUACGGUUGCAGCUGAUGAUGACUUCGGCGCCGUGUGUUCUGAGGGAUCUGCAAACAGCUUAGAUUACGAAUUAACCAUAGCACCGGAUAGAAGAUCAGAGCACGUAGAAAAUGUUUUAACUGAUGUAGGCCGAGGCCCACCCAUCGCCAACCAACUGGUUGAGAAUAAUGAUUCUAAAGGUCAACAUCUGCCAACAAAUACUAGUUUUGGAGAACCAAUAAAUGUUCCAGGCGCUGAAUUAUCCCAUCUAGGUGAAAUCCCAUCCACUUUAGAACAAGGUAAACCAAGCAUAGCCUCCGAUGAUCUACCAGACUCGAUAGAUGUUGAAGAAUCAGAUUUAGAGAGUAAGGGCUUGGAAAUUGGGUCAGAAAACAGAGACUUAGAGGAUGCUUUGGACAUCCAUAAGAAUAAUGAGGGUUUUGGGGAGACUUCAACGACGUCCAGAGAUGGUUCUGAACAUACUCAGGUUGCUCCUCCUGCGCUUUUGCUUCUAGAAGAGGCUGGUGAGAAUGAUGGUUCCGGCAACCACGAGUACUCGGAAGUGGUUGUAACUGCUGCUCCCGCAGAUUCUCAAAAUGCAAGUGGUGAAGACUUUGUGGCUGGAACUCUUGCGCGUGAUUCAUCUGAUUCAGAUCUACGAAAUUCUGUACCUGAUCAGAACAAAAGUGAUGUGAAGUGGAGCUCUGUUUCUGCUUUAUACGAUGACUCUGAAUAUGCAAACCUUCUUUUAGAUAGUGAUGGCUAUGGCCUCCCGGAGCAUAAGAGCACUGAAGACGGUGAAGUUGGUAACAAUUUGGCACAGGAUAUCGAGACUAUGAAGCAUGUUAUCGUUCCUGAAAUUGAGGCCUUGAAUUAUGCUGAGGCAGCCAUUUGUAUUGAGAGGCCUAGAACUGUAGAUGAAGAAAAUUCCCGAACUGCUUCUCCACCUCCUCUUAAGGAGACAUACAGCUGGAAUUCAAAUUCGAAUGAGAUCGGAAGCAAGACUGACGAGCAGGAGGAAUUAGGACGAAUCCAUUUUAAUGAAGUCACGGAAAUUUCACAUCCAUUUGAACCAUUUCCGCCUGGAACGCAUGCAUCGGACGAAGAAGUAACAAGCGCUGGACACGAAUAUGAGUCCAUUGAGACUCAGUCGUCCAUUUUCUUGGGUUUGGAUUCCACAAGGUUUACGAACGAAUUUGACGUAUCAAGUUCUGUGUUUAAUGUUGCACAGAAUAACCUUGAAGGUAGCAUACACGGCGAGGGGGAAUUGCUCAAAUGUGAUGACUCAUUUCAAAGCAGUGCAGGUGAUGUUUCAUGUACUAAUUCACCUCCCUGUACAGAAGGGAAUGAAAGUAGGUCCUUCAGCUUCACGAAAGGGGAUUUGGACGGUCCCAGAGAAGACGAUACUUCCACAAUAGUCAACCUUGAAACCAGUGAAGAGGAACUUGAGGUAUGUGCAGAACAAGAUACAUGCGUCCCUACUCAAUCAACGGCAUUAGAAGAUGAUGAAGAAGAAGUAGAUAGUUCAACUGACUCGAAGGAACAUGAAUCUCAAAAUCCAUCUUCACAGGAUCAGGAUGCUGUUUUCUUCAAAGUAGACGAACGCCCCCUCGUUAAACACCUCUCAGAUUCUGCUUCUGAUUAUCUCGAGAACACUCACAAAGAUACUCCAGCCCCCUCUUACCCCCGGAAGAUGGAGCGAAUUUUGACCGUUGGGUUGAAAAUGCUUCUUGUUAUUGGCUCUCUUACGAUAGGAAUCAUAAAAUUCAGAAAUUCCAAGUUUAGAACUUCGUAGAAUUUAGGACAUCUUUGAAUUCAAGACAAAAAUUAGAAUUCUCAAUGAAGACAACUUAGUGUUUUGAUAGUUUGUUUUCUGAUUCGAAAAAUCGAAUUUGCUCCCUUCCCUUGAUACUAGUGGAUUUCAUUAAUUUGUUUUCGUCACUAAGACGACUUGAGGAAAAAAUAUCAAUAAAUGAAUUGUAACAUUAUGCACUA